GCCUUAACCAAACUCCCUACCUUUCCAGAGCCGCAAAAAAUCCGCUGUCACGAUUUGCACAGAGUGAAGACACAUAGAAUUGCAGAGAGGGGGGAAAAAUUGUCAUGAAUUCUUUAAUGAAAAAAGUACUCAGCACAGAAAAGGCACCACAAGCCAUCGGCCCCUACAGCCAGGGUUUACUGAUCAACCGGACAUUGUAUGUCUCUGGACAGGUUGGUAGAGAUCCCACAAGUGGAAAGCUUGUAUCAGGAGGGCUGGUGGAAGAAUUUAAACAGGCUCUUGUAAAUGUGGGAGAAAUUCUCAAGGCUGGAGGCUGUGACUUCAGUAAUGUGGUAAAGAGUACUGUUCUACUGGCUGACAUAAAUGACUUCAAUCUUUUUAAUGAUGUCUACAAGCAGUUUUUCAAAGGUAGUUUUCCAGCCAGAUCUGCUUACCAAGUUGCUGCUUUGCCUCUUGGAGCUCAUAUGGAAAUUGAAGUGAUAGCUGUGCAGGGGCCACUCACUUGUGUCUGAUCAUGAAAAGAAGCCUUGUCUGCGCUGACAGUGGCAUCUGGGCUAGAGUCACCAUAGUGCUUCAUCUUCUUCUAAUUUCAGCAGUUUUUGUUGAAAAUCCUCAGCCUUAACAAAAUGGCAUUCCAAUGACUAACUUUAGAAGUUGUCCCAAGUCAGGGGUAAAGACAGAAUUAAAGUUAUCAUAACUCUGAAUUGGCAAGCAGAAAUGAGAAAUCAGCUACCAAAAAUGUUUAAGACAGUGUAAAGAUUAGAGAUUGGCAGGAACAAUGUUUAAGUAGCAUCACUCACAUAGCUUAUCACCUAUAUCCCCUAAGGAUGAACACUUGUCAUUAUACCUCUGAUCCAAGGCUUCUUAGACUUUUUGGUGUCAUGAACCCAUUUGGCACUCUGGUGAAGCCCCCAGACCCCUUCUUUGAGUAAUGCUGGUUGCUUCCAUUAAUAAUUGAAGGAAAUGCUAAAUUGGAAAAUAAAGAUAAGAUUUCUCUUCUUA